CCAUUUGCAACUGGGAAGAACAACAAAAUGUCGUAACAGUUGUCAAUCUCCUCAAAGCUUCUUCUCUUUCUCUAAACUUUCUCUUUCUAAAACGUUUUUUUUUUCAUUUUCCACCACAAAAAGGGUUGCUUUCUUUCUUUUUCUUUCAUGUGAUGUGUCUCCUAAAUCUCCAUAAACCACAAAUCCCUGAAACGCCCGGGUACAACUUCUCAACAAGUUUUCUAAUUCUGGGUGCAGGCCUCAAUAAGUUCUCUUAAUCUCAGAGUAAUAGAACUUGAUUGUUGAUAUGAAAACUCCUCACUUUUCGUACUACUAGCAACAUCCCAAGAGCUGAUGUUGAUAAAGUCAUGCAACUAUAUCAUCACCCAUAUUCCCUGGAUAGCCAAAAAGUAAGGCUUGCUUUAGAAGAAAGGGUCGUUGAUUAUACAUCAUACCAUGUCAAUCCUCUCACGGGCAAGAACAUGGACUCCUCAUUCUUCCGGAUGAACCCUAGUGCCAAGCUUCCUGUUUUCCAGAAUGGCGAACACAUUAUAUUCAACACAGCGGAGAUAAUCCAGUAUAUAGAAAGAAUUGCUGUUGUCUCAUCAGGCGGCGGUAAAAUCACUGUCAGCAGUGGAGAAGUUGUUGAAUGGAUGAAUAAGAUACAAGAGUGGAACCCAAAGUUCUUCACACUCUCCCACAUCCCUGAGAAGUACCGCCUUUUUAUUUCUAAAUUCAUGCGGAGAGUGGUAAUUGCCCGGAUGUCUGAAUUUCCUGAUCUAGCAAGUGCUUACCACCGUAAGCUGAGAGAUGAAUACGAAACAGAAGACAAGUUGAAAAACCCAGAAGUUCUGAGACGAAGCAAGAAACAUCUGGUAAGCCUUCUUGAUGAAGCAGAGACAAAACUGAGCGAAACAUUGUAUUUAGUUGGGGAAGAGUUUACUAUGGCUGAUGUUAUGUUCAUUCCAGUGCUGGCGCGAUUAGAGCUGUUGAAUUUGCAAGAUGAGUAUAUCAAUAGCCGUCCAAAUGAAUCUGAACCAUACUACUGGUAUUCUGCUCAUAAGCUGCUAAAAGUGUAA